AAAAGAUCAAGCAAAUUUUGAUUUUAGUCGAGAUUUUGCUAUCGUCUGRCUUAAAAAUGUAGAAACUAGCAGGUUUUGGAGAUUUUCUGCUACGAAUAAAAAGAUGGAAAAACGGCUSUUCGUUUUUGGAGGUGCGGGAAUCCUUUUUGUCUUGUUAUGGCAAAUGGGGAUYUUCCAUGCGCUGUUUUCAACACUCCUCUAUGUGCUGUCUUCGAUACUUGGAAUACUCACUGGAAUAACACUAUAUCUCAGUUUUGGAAAGCAGAGAAGGCCUCCUACACCUAAACUUCCAACWAAAUAUCAUGCAGUUUCGAAAUACUUGGAGAAAAAGACUCAAAAUGCHAUUCAAACAACCUACAAACACAACUCCGUCAUUUCGCGCUCUGUGGACAAGAGUAUCCAGGAAGUAUUUGAUUUCUUCAUACGAGAUUUCUGUUUAUCUUGGUUCCGUGUCCUUGGCAAAGACGAAGCAGCUUUUGUGGAUCUUAUGACGGAGGAACUYUGGGUUGUAACUACUAAUGUYGUUGAAAGAUUGAAGAAUGUUGACACUGUAAAGUUCCUCUCUAGCGAUGUCGUGGAUAUUUUGACAACUCAUUUUCAGAAUCUUCGCCUUGCCGAUAACAGGGUCGCGUCGGAAACACCUGCCCCGUUCAUCCUUCAUCCUUGUCUUUACAACAAGCAAUCAGAGAUAGAUCACAUUCGAAAAGCUUGUGAAGUACUUCUGCAUUGCCUGUUGCCUGAACAAAACUCAAAUUGCAAAGGGAUGAGACUGCUUUUAAGAGAGAUUUUAACAUUCUCUGUUUUUCAGCCAUUAGCAGAAAUGAUUUGYGAUCCAGAUUACAUCAAUCAAACAUURCUGAUUCAUUUAGAGGCCAAGGAAGCCAUUGCAGCUAAACAUAAACCUCGCUAUGCCUAUGCYGAAACAUAUGAAGACUUCAUACGAAUGAUUAACACCUGUAAUUCAGUGGAAACAUUAAAGCAAAUGAGAUAUCAUAUUAUUGCUGAAAUUAUGCAAGCAACAACAAUCAAUAAUCUAAAAGGAAUUGAGAAAAUGAGUGACAAAGAAAAUGAACCUUUGAAGAAAGAUUCUCAGCUGAGGUCUAGGAACUUGAAGCGAUAUAUCAACCAGUGUACUGUAGCCAAAUCUCAGUGUGAAAAAAGAAUAAAACUAUUAGGGGGCCCUGAUUACACAUCGCAUAAUACUAAUGAACCAGUUCAAGUUACUGGAACAGACAAGGCCAAGACAGCUCAGAAACAAACCAGUCAGGCAAACAAAGUACUGAGCUUUAUAGAAAUCAUGGAUAACAGUCUUGCAAGAAGCUUCUUCAUGUCAUAUCUACAGAACAACACAAAUAGUAAAAAUAUGCUCAGUUUUUGGAUGGCAAUAGAGAAUCUCAAGCUUGUCAAAGCAGCUGAAAUCUUCAAAAGUACACAAGAAAUCUACCAAGUUUAUGUUGCGCCAUCAUCUGACAAGUCAAUAAUGCUAGACACGUCACUAGUCAGGGACAUGGAAGGGUUUCUCAAUGGCACUAAAGGAUUACAGUGUUUCUUUGAUGCUCAGUGGAAAGUGUACAAACACCUUGAGGAACGAUUCUACAGAAGGUUUGUUUUGAGUCAAGAGUACUUUAUGCUCAUCUGCCAAUUAGAGGCUGAAAUGGACGACUUGAGAGCUCAGCAGAAAGACGAAAAAGAUGAUGAAGAGCACUUGGAUUUAAACUGGAAUGACCAAGUUGUUUCCUCAGAUGAAGAGGAUGCAGAAAAUCAGGAGUGGACUCCAAAAUCAGUUCGUAAACCAAGUACCGUAGAAGAAAGGAGUGAUUCUAUUGAGAAGAAAUUACAACUCUUGGACCAGAGACUUGCUGCCAAGACUCAUCAAAUGGAGCUGAUGAGAAGAAGUUAUGGACUGGAAUCUGAAGAAAUGUCAAAAAUUGARCAAGAAAUACAAGGUCUGAUAACAGAAAGAAGACAUCUAGAGUUUCAUAUUGAAAGAACAGAUGUUUGGUGUGAAAACCUGGGGAAAUGGAAAGUAUCAAUAGAGACUGUUGAGUGGAGUCAAGAAGACGAUAAGUCCCUUCCAUUGUAUGUCAUUGUAGUUCACUGCUCUCAAUCAGACACUCCAGUCACACCAUCAGGAAUUAUUCCAGAAAAUGUGGAGGGUGCUACUUCAGAGGGAUGGGUAGUGACCAGGAAAUUUAAAGAUUUCCAGACACUGCACACUAAACUUAAAGAGUGUUCUCCAAAUUUAACUAAAGAACUGCCAGCACCAACUAAAAAGUGGUACAAGUCUAUGGAUGACGAAUUCUUGAAUAAAAGCAGGAUUGCUCUCCAAGAAUACUUACAGAGCCUAUUAGCAGAUGAGAGACUGUGUCUUAGUGAGGAACUAUAUUCAUUUCUMAGUCCAAGCCCAGAACACUUAAGGAAGCAGAGUGAACCAGCCAAAAAGUCAACUGGAUUUUCUCUGGUUUCUGUAYUAAAAAGUCUCCCAUUUGACUUUAGUCCAAAUGAUGAGGCAGAUGAGGAACCUGAUCAAGAAGAUAGCUCUUUACCAAAAGAUUCCAUUGCUGAGCCAUUUUAUGCUUUUAUUGGAGAAGUGUUUGAACUGAAAGGAGUAUUCAAAUGGCUCAGAAGGUCACUGAUUGCAUUUGUGCAAGUUACAUUUGGCGGAACAAUAAACAAAGAAAUCCGUGAGAUGGUUGAAUGGCUGGCCUCAGAGUCAAUGAUUAUCUACUAUGUCAGUAUGUUCAGRGAUUCAAUGUGGCCUGGUGGUGURCUUGCAAAACCUUUACCAACCAGGACAGCRGAGGUAUAUGGAAGUUGAAUACCAACAUUGCAGCUGACAUUAGUGACACUUUUUCUUUGUUAUUUCCAGGAAAAAUUGGACACCAAAAUCAAAGCAAAGAAGAUGCUAUUGAAAGAUAUUCCAGAGGUUCUMCAAAGUCUUGUAGGGAAGAAAAAUAGCAAGUUAGGAACAAUCAAGGUUUUUGAGGCAUUUCAAGACCAAAGAAUCAAUAAACAUCUAUUUUAUAUUAUGUUGGAGCUGUGUAUUUUCACUUUGUGUCCAGAGGUGAAGUCAGAAGAAAUAAUCAACAAAGCCAAAGAAAUUAGAAAAGAACGGAGGGCAAAGAGGUCUCUUGGUCAGGAAUAAAAUAUUUACCGAUCUAUGAUUGCAAAAAACUUGUGAUAUGACUCAAUUAUUUUAGGGUUUUUUACUGAUUUUAUAUUCUCAAGUAUUAAAUUAUUACUUUUUCAAUUUAGUAACAUUGAUAAUGCAAGUAGUUGAUCAGAAAUCUCRGAAAUAAUUUCCAGAUUCUCAUCAAUAUUGCUGAAAUGUUUUAUGUGAUACAAGGUCCAAUAAGAUAUUAGUACAGUCUGCUUUGCUCAAUUCUAGAAAACAGAGUCUGCAAAGCAGAAAAUACAUUGAUAUCUAGUUUCACAUUCAUUUAUUGUCACAAGUUAAUUGCAAUCACUUUGAACAUAAAAAUAAAAUAUUAUAGUAUUUAAAUAAUGWAUUGAUUUAAGAAUUUUAAGAGUAUUUAAAACAACAUUUUAUGUAAAUUUAGUCAUCCUUUAUUGGACAUUUGGUAGUGGAUACCACAGAUGCAUUACCAUAAAAAUGACAUUAAAAAGUAAUAAUCUUCUGGUGAAUAUUCAAUAAACAAAGAUUGUUUUUA